AUGGGGGAACUAAUAGUAACAAUUACUACAUGGGAUAAACCAAAUUAUGAAUUAUUUGAUGGAGAAUCACAAAAUUAUAGAAUAUAGGAAUAUUUGAUAGAUGAACCAGGAAUGUUUUGCAGAAAUGGAGAGAAUGAAACAUUUUUCGAUUAGAAUAUGAGUAGAAAGGAUGGAGUAAGGAUUCUAUUCAAUCUCAGAAUUGACGAUGGUAGUAUUUGGCGAGUGCAUUGUAGGACAAUUUGUUAUUGGAGAUAAAGAUUAAAUUGAAGAUUUAUGGAUUUAAUCAAAGAAUGAGUAACAAAUAAGACAAAAUGAUGUGAUAAAACUAGGAAAGAAAGUCUUAAAAGUACUUAACAUUAGUAAUGAAAAUAACUUACAUUUGACACAUUAUUAAAAUGUAGUUAUUUAAAUUCAAAAUGUAGAAACCUCAUUCCUCGAAUCAUAAAAUAUGUGCAGAAUAUGCUUAGAACAUACUUGUAAUACUUCGAAUCCUUUGCUUUCAUUAUGUCGUUGUUGUGGUAGUACUAAGUAUGUACACUAUGAGUGUGUAAAGACUUGGCUAUAUGGGAAAAUGUAAGCGAAGCAGUCUCAAUAUUGUACUGAGUAACAAACAUUCAAAAAAUUUAGAAUAAAUGCUAAGAGUGUGAGGUGUGAAAUUUGUUAAUCAUUCUACCCUUCGAUGGUGUACACAGGAGAUAAUGUGUUAGGAUUGUAUAAUUUGGAUAAUUUAAAAUAUCAUGUUGUGUUGGAAGAUGUAGAAAAUUAGAUUAUCAUGGUCCUUAAUUUUGGAGAUCAGACAACUUUGACAGUUGGACGCGGUCAUGAGAGUAAUAUAAAGAUAAGUGAAAUAACAAUUAGUAGAACACAUCUUGCAUUAGUCAUAAGGUAAAUGUCUUAACAAUAUGAAGGAACAAUAAGUUGUAUAUUGAGGAUAAGAAUUCUAAGUUUGGAACUCUAAUAAAAUUGCAAAAAGCAAGAAGAAUAGAGAAAAAUGAGACUCUUUUUUUAUAGUCAGGACGGAGCAGAAUAAUGAUAAAACAUAAGGAAAAAAGAAAACGAUGUGCGUUACUUUGUAAUUUUCUUGAAUGA